CCCCGAUCGAGAUCGCGAAUUCGUCUUGUAUAAUAGGAAUUAAAUCGCGUGAUUUUUUCGUGAGAGAACUAAUUUCUAAUACACGUUUCUGAGUCCUGGUACUCUGUUUACUUUAUAAUUUGGAAAUUUGAAAAGUGAAAACCAAUUUUUAUGCAGUAAAAUGCAGGAGAGACGUUUUGACAAGAUAGUACAUUGGACGCACAACACUCAGAACAUGAAAUCAAUGAAAACAAAGGCAAAGGCCAAAAAACAUAAUGGCAAAUUUGGAAGAGAUAAAUUUCCUCCCAAAGAAGUUACUCCUAUUAACCCGGACUUGUCGCAAUUGCGCAAACCAAUAGACACAAGUGUGUCGACUUUGUAUCGUGCAAGCAAAGUUUUAGAAAAUGGCAGUGAUGAAGUUAGAUCCAUUUUGGCGUACGAAUGCGAUUUGGUAUAUGAGUGUCGCAUAUGUCGAAGCCUCUUCAGAAGCCUGGUUAACUUCAUCUCGCACAAACGGAUUUAUUGUAAAGAAAAAUUUGAUGUCACAUUUUUUAGAAAUUCGCCAAACGAUCAUGAUGCUAUUCUUGUGAGUAAACCAAUUAUACCAAAACCAGAGAAAAUACACCAAGAAGUUCAUGGAAAUGAUAGGAUCUUAAGAAGUCAAGUUCCUAAAGAAGAGGAAAAGAAGGAUCUGACUUCUGUUGUUAGUAUGUUACAGAAGAAGCAAUCAGAAAGUUUAUGUGCCAAUGUAGAGCAGCCAUACUUUGAAAAUGUACAAUCUAAUUCUCCAGCAAUUUAUCAAACUGUUGAAUCAAUAAUUUCAACUCAAAGUUAUUCAGAUUUAAUGAAGACACAGGUAAAGGAACAAAAAGAUAUGAUAAGCAAACAAACUGCAGUAUUAGGCCCAGAUGGACAAGUUUUACAAUCUAAUCAGGAAUGCAAUGGUAAUAACCGUAAUAAUGGAGAGGGUGAUUAUACUUCUGAAACUGAAGUUGUUUGUUCUACAUGCGGAGCACGAUUUUCAACAAAGAAGACAUUAGCAGUCCAUACGAGAAGAAUGCACACAUCUCAUAAAUUAUGCUAUCUUUGCCCUUGUUGUUCUAAUACAUUUGCAAAUACUUGGAGCGUAUAUCGGCAUCUUUUCAAAGUUCACAGAAAGUCUAAUAAACAAGUGCGAAAACUCAGAUCACAAAUUCAAGAGAAAGCAUUUAUUAAGGAUACGGUUCAAGAGGAUUUGCAAGCACAACAGAAUGCAGAAAAAAGUUUAACAAGUGAAGCGCUUCGAGUUAACGAAACACAGGAAUGGAUGGAUCAGUUAGAAUCUGAUGCAGCAUUACAAAGAUGCGGUGGUUGUGGGAAACGAUUUGAUCGAAAGGCAGCAUUAUCUGCUCACUCGCAGUACUGCCACAAGCGUGUCGCAGCCUAUGAAAGUACAACUAAAAUGAAAAAGAUCAAUAAAAUAUCGCCAGAUCGUAUUAUAAGUGAAACCAUUAUUACUUCCGAAUCUUCGAAUAAUAGCAAUAACGAUGAAAUGUCUAUUCGUGUCGAAGCAGUUGGCAGUCUAAGUAAAGCAGACUGGGAUUUGUUAGGAAAUGAUGAAUCAGUUGCACAGAGUGAAACCAGUGAAAAUGUAACAGUUGUCACGAAUGAAAAAGAGGAAAAAACAAUAAAAUAUAAUCCUUUUCCUGCGAGCGAUGGCUCGGACCCUUUAGAAAUUGUGUACACUAAUAUAAAUAAACAUAAGACUAAUGUUGGAAGUAGGAAAAGAAAAAACAAGGACAGUGCGAGGAAGUUAAUUACCAAUAUAGUUAACGAUGCUACAUACAUACCUGUAGAGGUAGAUGUUGAAAAAGAAACAAGAACCGAAAAAGUGGAUCAUGUACUAGUAAUGGAAACAAAAGUGGCUUCUAUAGUAAAUCUGCAAAAACUGCAGUGCCUUUUAUGUAAACAAAAAUUCACUUCGGUGACUAAUUUAAAAAGACACGCUGCCAUUCACAUAGGUUGGAAUCGUUAUCAGUGUAAACUUUGUGAUUUCAAAUGCUUCGUUAAGUGCGACUGUGUCGCGCAUUGUAAUAAAGUCCACAACGCCCAGAAUAAUCGUAUUACUAUAGAAGAGAUGAUAACGCAGAUUCCAGAUAAUCAAUAUAUACGUGAACAAGAUAUUACAUUAGACGUAAAUAACAUAGAAAAUGAGUUUCAUACUUCCAAAGCUGUGGAAAUUAGUAUCUCUCCAAGGUAUGUCGAACCAGAAGUUCAACUGCAAGAAAAAGCAGUAAAUGAAAUAGAAGCAGAAGUAGAAGAUGAAACAAAAGUAAAAGGAAAAAGUGAAGUGGAAGGAGAAACAAAAGUAGAAGGUGAAGUUGAAGCAGAAGAAGCAAAAGUAGAAGAUAAAGUUGAUGCGGAAGAAGAAGAAAAAGUAGAAGGUGAAAUUGAAGCAGAAGAAGAAGCAAAAGUAGAAAGUGAAGUAGUAGAUAAAAAUUUAGUUACAUUUCAAGAAAUAGUUGAUUUACAUGUAGAAGAUGAAAAUAUUUUCAACAAUGGUACUCAAGGACAGAAUACUCUGGGAUUGGAUCCUGAGCUUAGAAAAAUGGUGAUGGAAGUUAUUUUUGGAUCUUCUGAAACAAAUUCCACAAAAGAAGAAGUAAAAGAAACACCUGAAAAGUCCAAUUUGAAAUUACAAAAUACGGAGGAGAUUGAAACACAAUCUAAAAGCUCUGAUUCGAGGGAAAGUAGCGAUGUUACAUGCUCGCAGGACAAUUCAAAACCCCAACGUCCUAUUCGCAAUAAGAUAAAACCUAUGAAUAAAGAUUUUAUUUAUGAUUUAAAUGGAGUAGUGUUUAGAAAGGAUGGUUUAAUUAUGAGGCCCUUGAAUAAACCACUUAUGAAAAAACCUCUGCUUCAAGAGGAAGAUAAUUUGGAGGACACGGAACAAACGUCCAAACGUUUUAAGAAUGAUGAGAUGCCAAUUCUUUGCGAAAACAGUGUUACAGACAAAUGCGACAUAAAAUUUACCAGAGAACGUUUAAAGAGUAAUGUUACCUUUUCCCAGUGUCAUAGGUAGUUAAAAGUGUAUCAUACAUAAUUCAAUGAAUUGAUCGUGAAAAUAUGGACUUUUAGUAGGUAGUCAUUGUUUAAAAUAAUUACGUAUAUGUAUUGUAAUAUAUAUAUAAUUAUCAUUUAUUGUUAUUAACAAGGUUUUGGAUAUUGCUGAAUAUUAAUGAAUGAUCCUUCAAAAAUAAAUAUCGAUCUGCUUUGGACGAUUCAUUCUAUUA